AUGAAGCCUUCAAAAUCAGCCUGCAAAUGGCAGAGACGUUUGAAUUCAAGCAUGGCAGCAGGCAAAAUUCAAAUCAUGGCUAUCGAGGUUUUCCCUGGCAAUGGAACUGUGUGGGCUGAUUCGCCCGCACAAAUGAACAUCAGAUGGCCGUUAUACUAUGCUCAGGAAUACCAAGAGUGCGAUGGUGUUUUACUGUGGGAAUUUAGAUUUCCCACAAACACUCUUUUACAAAAUGCUCUUAUCAAAAUGUAUGAUAAAUGCGGAAGCUUGGUUGAUGCUCGCAGAGUUUUCGACCAUAUGACAGAACGAGAAAUGUUUUCAUGGAAUACCAUAAUUGCAGCUUACCAAAGGCGGGGGUUUCGUCAAGAGGCAUGGAUUCUGUUUGCCCAAAUGCAAAGAACUGGUGUAGAACCUAAUCAGUUCACUUAUGCUACCAUUUCCAGUACAUGCUUACAAAAUGUGGAAACAUGCAGAAGGCAUGCGAGUUGUUUGACAAAUUGCUUGAUUGCGAUGUUGUUUCGUAAUUUAAUUAUUGCUGGAUAUGCACGAAAUGGGUUUGUUGAAACUGCAUUGGACAUGUUCAGGGAAAUGCAGUUGACGGGGGUAUAUCGGAACUCAGCUACAUUUGUCACCAUCCUCCCAGCUUGUGUCAAAAUAGCAGCUUUGGAGCAGGGUUUGGAGAUCCACGGAAGGAAAAUUGAAGGUGAAUUUUUGUCAGAUGUUAUGGUUGCUAAUACCAUGAUAUCCCUGUAUGCAAAGUGUGGAGUGUUACAGAAGGCAUGCCAAUUAUUUCAUAAAUUACCCCAACUUCAACGAGAUGUUGUUUCAUGGAAUGCAAUUAUUUCUGGAUAUGCAGAAAAUGGGCGGCUUGAAAAAGCUUUGGAGACUUUUAAGGAAAUGCAGUUUUUGGGUAUAAAGCCAAACUCAACUACCUUUGCUAGUAUUCUCCCAGCAUGUUUCAAAAUGGGAGCUUUGGAACAGGUAAUUGUCGGAUAUGCACAAAACGGUCUCCUUGGACAAGCUUUGGAGAUAUUUAAGCAAAUGCAAUUGGCAGGGGUAAAUCCAAACUCAUCAACUUUAGCUAGCAUCCUUCCGGCUUGUGCCAAACUUGGAGCUUUGGAACAGGGUACAGAGAUCCAUCAGAAAAUAAUUGAAAGUGGUUUUUUGUCAGAUGUUGUGGUUGUGAAUACCUUGAUUGACAUGUAUGCAAAGUUUGGAAGCAUGCAAAAGGCACACAAGUUGUUUGACAAAAUGGAUAAUGCAAACUUGGUCUCGUGGUCUGCUAUGAUUGCAGGAUAUGCAAUGCAUGGCUAUGGCAAAGAUGCCAUCAAACUUUUUGAACUCAUGAAGCAUUCUAGAACCAACCCUGACCAUAUAAGCUUUGUUAGUGGUUUUUUUCGCAUGUAG